CUCAGGCAACAGCUGAUGGCGGGUACACACCCUGCUUCCUUCCUGGGUGACUCCAAGGGAGCAGAAAAGCACUCUCAUCUUUCCCAUUCAAUUCCUUUUGUUGCUGCAAGCCUGCUGAGGAAGGUUGCCACAUCCAUGGUGCUGCUGACCCAAGGAGUAGCAUCAAGGGAGUGUACCUGCGUCCUCUGCCCAGCCAGCAUGCAUCUGCUCUGACCUUUGGGGUCUGGCAUUUGUGACUUCUAUGAUUUUUCAGACUUUGCUCUGAGAAAGCCACCAACAGUGCCACUGGCAGCUCAUGUUUUAUGAGAGGCCAUACUUGAGUACAUAGUUCAAUUCCAAAGGACUUUUCUGCAUUAGGGCCUGCAGUGGAUCAAACGCGAGGGGUUUUCCAUUAGCCUUAGUUCCUUCUCCGGAUCUCAGUGUUAUGAUAGAGGUGUCUUUCUGCCAUUUCAGUAUGUCAGGAACUCUUCUGCAAGGCAGGAAUUGGAGUAAUAUAAGACCACUAGAAAUCAUUUCAAUUUUGCACCAUCUGUGCUGGCUGGGCCCCACAUCCUGUCACGUAAUUCUUUACUGAUCAAGUGGAAGGAACUUGUAAGGUAGUGGGGAGGACACAAAACUGGUACCAUAUCUGCCAGGUGCCAGGAUCAUUGUGCAGUCUGGAAGACUCCAAACCCUAUGAGCUUCCUGUUGGUGUGAUUACUCUGUCUCGCUCCAGCUGGCUGACUUUAAAUGAAAAUAGCACUAUUGACUGGCACUUGCUGCAGCUGGCAGGGGGAAAAGCUGGUUUUCUGUUCCAAGACUUUCCACCUCUUUUAUGUUUGGAUGCACAUCCAGAGGAAAAGGUAAAGUUGCCAUCUUUGGAAUGCCCUGUGCUCGCUGGAGCAUGAUGAUACCUUCAGCCAUACCACGGUCUCCUUAAUUGUCCUUCUUUCACACUAAUGAAUAAUUAACUGCUGUGUGCAUGUCCACAGACAGGCUGGUCAUGGGCAUCUCUGUGGGGUCAUGCUGACCUGCAGAUGUUCCUAGGAAGAGGGAGCUGCUUACCUCAGCAUGCAAUCUCUUGGCCUUACUACCAGCCUGUUAUCAGUUUGGCCACCAACUGACCAAAGCUAAUGUCUCUGUGACCUGCAUUUGCAAUAGGCAAACGCUGACCAGUCCCCAGCAUCCUCAGAGCACAAGCACACAAACAAAUCGAGGUGAGCUAGGUGUGAAUUUGCAGCAAGUCAGCUCCUACACUGCAACUCCUCCAAGGUAAGCAAGUGCAAGGUGGCUCACAGGAGAGUGCCAUGCUAUUUUUGUUUCCAAGGGCAACAGCCCUCCCACAAGAACUUACCACAAAAAGCCACCCCAUUUCUGAAUGCCUGUUAUAUGUGAAAGCAUAAUCCUCAACUUUCCAAAAUUCAGCUGUGUGCGUCAAGGCCUGCAAGCAAGGACUUGGUAGGUUCAGCUUUCCUGCUUGUUGCAAGUUGAGUCAUGCUGCACUGACUCCUGUGUGCUACAAGAAACUCCCACCCUCCUUUUGCUGUGGAACUAGAGCACAGUUUGGGGCUUUUGCUAUGCAACUGGAGCACUUUGGGGCAUGCCUGUAAUUCACAUGGCAGUAAGGUUCAUGGAUUGGAGAUGGUCCCUUCUUGUUCCACGUUAUCCUGCAAGUAACCACUCUGCCACUGAUGCUUUGGAGCCUAAAAAUGCUUCUGACUCUAAAACUGCCAUCUCUUGGUGAAGGUUUUUUACCUUAAAAGUUUUUUAACAGAAAUCUGGGGAGGUUGGCACUGAAUGUCUAACUAUUGUUUUUUCCUCUCCGUAUUGUGUCUUGCCACCCGGGUGUCGCUGCUACUGCCAUCAAAGCAUCGAAGUGAGUCAGACGUGGAAAAGGAGUUGAAAAGCUCAGAGUGAUACAUCGGCGCCAGUCAGAAUGACCCUUUCUAUCCGUCCAUCCCAGCAAGCCAGUGUGCAGUGGUAGCAGCUCAGAGGGCUGUGCUCAUGACUUCAUCCCUCCCUGCUGAGGGGAGAUGGGGAACAUCGUUAUCGGCUGUCGGUCUGCAUGGCGGGGAGUCCGCACUCUGUGCCAGCAAUGGAAAUGUCCUUGGGUGUAGGGCUCCUCCUCCAUCCCAAAGGUGACUGGGCCCUGCUGAGAAGGGGUGAAGAAGCUGGAAAAAUGGAGGAAAGAGGUGCAAAUUCAAUCGCUUCUCUGUGAUGAUGUCAUGGCAACGAGGUGCACUGAUGUGCUGUCACGCAAUCAGGGCAGGCUUUGAAGCUCCCCAGCUCUUCCCCGUUGUUGUAGGCUCACGUCUGGCUUUCUGAAAAAUCUUUUGGUUAAUAUUUAAUGCCAGCAUUGAAGUGCAAAGGGUGGCGAGCAUCCCACCUAUUCCCCUUUCCUCUACAUUCCAAUUUGAUGCUAAAUUAGAGUUGGGGAGCGGGGAGGAUUAUGAUUUACCAUAGCAUGGGGACAGGUCUCCUGGUCAGAAGGAUGGCUUCAACCCAUAGUGGGGAAAAAAGGCUGCGGGCUCUGUGCUGGUGUCCCCAUGCAUCCAGCAGCCCUGGUAGCUCAGCAGGAAGGAGCUACCUACAUCACAGACCUGUCCCAAUCUGGCUCUGAGAUGCGGGAAGGAUGCCUUUGUCACCCUACCUCCCUGCAAGCCAAGUUUGGAGCUGAUGCUGGGCCACUGGAAGGAGCAGGGGGUCUCCCUCUCCCUUUGCUCUCCCAGAGCUGGCUUUGGAAUAAAGGAAUCCAUGGCCCCUCUCCCAGAGCUGAGUCCAGCUCCUUUGAUGCAAGUAGUUAGCACAUGUUUUUAUUGGCUUUUUUUUUUUCCCCACUAAGCAAUGACCUAACGAUCCUGUGUUCCGACCACAGCCUCUCCUAGGCGCCUUCUUUCCAAAACGUGCAUCCAGACCGGAUCCAGCAAACCUCCCGGUGCAAGACGCCGUGUUCCCUUCCCCAAGGAAGCCAUCUGCUCCCCUCCACCCGGCUCCUUCUGCACGGCUUGCAGCUCGUCAACUCUGUGGGAAGCUCUGCUCCCGACGGCCAUGCUGUUUGCGCGUGGCAGGGGGAAGGAAAUGCGGUGCUGGCUGGAUCUGGGGCUGCUGGCAGUGUCAGCUGGAGGCGGUUUCCAAGCAACUGUUGUGCCGCGGGACACGGAGAGCCAGGAACACCAUAUUCCUGCUGCCUGUGUGGGCUGGACGGAGCCAGCACGGGGCUGGUGUGGAGAGCAGCACGAGUGAGAGGGUAGCGUAGGGCCGUGGCACUGAAGGAGGUCUCCAGACCUGCUCCUCAUCUGCCUGCCUCCAGCAAGGGGACAGCGUGAUGUAUGGGAUUUCACGUGUCCUCUGCAUCUUCUGGGAAAUUAAAAAGGGUAAAAUUGCUCCAGCUGCUGUUUUAUCCUAUUUAUUUUACCCACUGAUGGGCAGUUGCAUACAAGCAUCCUUGAAUAGAUGGAUGGGAGCAAAACUGGAUGACGAGUGCAUGGAUAUAACAAUGGUGGGAGCACAGCAGAUAGGAUGGAGCUGGGGAGUGGGGCAGAAGUAUGCAAACAAGGAGUGAAAGCAAUGGGAGCUGGGCAGGGAGAAGCCCAAAGAGAUGGGACAGUGCAGGGCACCUGUUUGAUUGCCAGCGUGCAGGUUAUCUGUGACAGUCUCUGUCCCCAAACCCACCUGCAGCUAUUGAUUUGGAACUUGCCCUGUUCAUGCUAACCUUGGCACUGCUAGCUCGUCCCUUAUAAAUCCUGCUGCAGCUCCUACCCCUCUCUCUGUCCUGCCACCAGAGUCUUCCCACAGCUCUGCUUUUUGCUGCGAUGUUUUAGAUGCAGGACAACUCUCCCUGAUUUCUGCCUAGAGGAGACGGGGCAGUGGAUGCACUGACUCUCCUUACCCCGUGUGGGUGCCUGCCCCUUGGCAAGGAAGGAUGCGGCGCCAGCUGCAGACACUUGUCCAAAGGAAGUUUAAAGUCCUCCUCCUCCUGCUGCUGCUCCUGGCCUUUCUGCUGCAUGUAACGACGGACUUGGCUCUCCCUGAGAGUCGCAGGCUCUGCAGCUGCGAUGCAAAAGCACCAAAAGCCAUGGGUACCCCCACAGGCAGCCCUUUGCUGGCCAACCUUGAAAAGCUGAGCCUGCGCAUCCUCCAGGACUUCAGUGGCAGCAACGGUUCCUUGGAGAAAAGCUCCCAGCCGCAGGGAGCAGGGCCACGGGGAAAGGAUGGGGACGUGGGAAUCCGGCACCAGCAUGGAGACGUCAGUCCAGCAGGGGCCAAGGGAUCCAAGCUGGCUGCGCUCUUUGAGCAUCCCCUUUAUAACAUCCCGUUGCCGGAGGUGAAGGACAAAGACAAGCUGUUUGUCGUCAAUCCCAUGGAAAAGUUCAGCCUAUGGAACAGUGGGAGCGAUGAAUGGGUCAGCAGCAGUAAAGCCGAGAUGGUCCUCCCGACAGGGAAGACAGCCUACGACACCUACCCUGCCUGGCUCAAGUUCCACGUCGGCAUCAACCGCUACGAGCUGUACCCACGCAGGGACCCCCUGAUGCCCACCCUCCUGCAGGACCUGGCCACCAUGAAGAUUGUUAGCUCGGUGCAGAAGUCUGGCGGUACCCAGCUGAAGCUCAUCAUGACCUUCCCGAACUACGGGCAGGCCCUCUUCAAACCCAUGAAGCAGAGCAGGGACCAAGAGACCCCCGCUGACUUCUUCUACUUCUCAGACUUUGAGCGGCACAAUGCGGAGAUUGCAGCCUUUCACCUGGACAGGAUCCUGGAUUUCCGACGAAUCCCACCGGUUUCUGGUCGCUUGGUGAAUAUAACAAAGGAGAUCCGGGACAUCACGACUGAUAAGAAACUGGCCAAGACUUUCUUCAUCUCCCCAGCGGGCAACGUCUGCUUCUACGGGGAGUGCUCCUACUACUGCUCCACUGAGCACGCUCUGUGCGGCAAGCCGGACCAGCUGGAGGGCUCCAUGGCAGUCCUGCUGCCUGACAAAGCUCUGGCCAAGCGUCGCUCCUGGCGCAGCCCCUGGCGCCGCUCCUACCACAAGAGCAAGAAGGCUGAGUGGGAGCUGGACCCCAACUACUGCACCCAGGUGCGCCGGACGCCGCCCUAUGACAGUGGUCAUCGCCUCCUUGACCUCAUCGACAUGGCAGUACUUGAUUUCCUCAUGGGCAACAUGGACCGGCACCACUAUGAGACCUUUGAGAAAUUUGGGAACGACACCUUCUUGCUUCACCUGGACAAUGGCCGCGGCUUCGGCACGCACUCUCGUGAUGAGACGUCCAUCCUGGCGCCGCUCCAGCAGUGCUGCAGCAUCAAGAAGUCCACCUACCUGCGGCUGAGGCUGCUGGCCACUGAGCCCUACCGCUUGAGCGAUCUGAUGCGGGAAGCACUGGCUGCCGACCGCCUGGCACCUGUCCUGGCCGAGCCCCACCUGCAGGCAUUGGACCGGCGCCUGGGCAAGGUGCUGGCGGCUGUGGGACGCUGCCUAGCCACAGCAGCACAGCCCCACCAGGUGCUGGUGGAUGACAUAGGGUCGUGGCUGUGACACGGGGAGGGUGAUGUGGUGUGAUGGCAGUCGUCACCCUGGGAAGAGCUUGGAGUGCGUGGUAUUGGAUGAUGCAAGGGGAGACGGGCGGGUGCGCGCGUUAUUUAAAUAAAUAGGUCGGCCUCGUGGAGAAAACAUGAUUUGGGAUCCCGGCCAAUGGGGCUGUUUUUCCAGUCCCAGAUUCACGUGGCAUGCUGGUAUGGCCAUCCCUCCAAAUCCUUUUAUAAUGAGAGAAAGACUUUUCAUAGGAUCACAGAAUGGUUGGUUAUGGAAAGGACCACAAA